AUGCUUAUGAAAGAAGGUAUUUCGAUAAUUAGAGUUCCCUGUAAGUUACCUAAUGUUUGUGUAGUUGAUGUUAAAGGUGAAGAUGUUUUUAGAUUAAUAGGCGUAUAUGCGCCGGAUAGUAAAACAUGGUUAUGGGAUGAUCUCUCCCAUUUCUUAUCAAAGAAAUGUAUUAUUUAUGGCGAUUCUAAUGUUAAUACCAUGCAGGAUGGAAAAAAAGCUGAAAUAUUGUUUCAAUGGGCGGACGAUCAAUUUCUAGCUCAAGCUCUACCGAACUCUUCAACUUCACUACGAUCCAAUAGAGUAAUCGAUGAUGCAUUUAUUCGAGGUUUUAAUAUUGAUAUUCAAGUAUAUAAUGGUCAAAUAGUCAAAGAAAGUGAUCUUAUGUGCAAUAUAGCAGCUGAUUAUUAUGAAGAAUUUUUUAAAGCAUCAAAUAUUGUUAGACCUCAUCCAUAUACUGAUUCACCUGCAAUUGAAUGUGAUAAUAUUAACGAAGUUAUUCCUGAAUCAGUUUUACCUUCUGCUUGGAAAGAUACUCGAAUGAUCUUAUUAGCAAAAAAGUAUUCCAUUUGUCUACCGUCUUUAACUCGUCCUAUUUCACUUCUUGAUUCAUUUCAGAAAAUAGGUGAGAAACUAUUUCUCACUCGAUUUCGUGAUCUUUUAUAUAGAAGAGGUCUUUUACCGGACAGUCAAUCAGGUUUUAGAGAACGUUUUCGUUUACAAACACGUUUACUUCUUUUUCUUGAAGAUAUAUAUAGUCUUAUGUCAAAUAGUGCUCCAGUUUGUACGAUGUUUGUAGAUUUUCGCGCUGCAUUUGAUCAACUGUGGUUUCUAGGUUGCAUUGGAAAGCUACGUAACUUAGGUAUUCCUUCAUCUUUUCUAAAUUGGAUCGAAGUAUGGCUAAAUAACAGAUGUUGCUUUUUAGAAAUCAAUGGCAGCAAAUCUCGCCGGUUCUCUAUUGAAAAAGGUGGUCCAUAA